GCCGAGCUGGUGACAGGGGGGGCGUGCACGCUAUAUAACGGGUGCGGAAGCUCAGUGUCACUUCUUCUCUUAUAGCCUUCAGGAGAGAACGUGCUUCCUGUAACAGGUAAGACCAGGCUGCCACCACCCUCACACAGUAUGGGCAUGGUGCCCACAAUGGCACAUGCCAAUCUGCCAGCUCACCCAGACCUGUCUAUAAAGGGUGACCCUCAGCUAUAGACAGAACUACAUCCCCCAUGAUGCCCUGCAAGCUUUAAAUCUGGCAAAGGAUCAUGGGGGGUGUAGUUCUACAAAAACUGGAGCUCUACCUUUUUGGCCACAGCUAAUUUAAAUCAUCUUAUUUUAUUUUUUCUCUCCUUAUUAUUUUCAGACCUUAUUAAUGUAUUUGACUGUCUAUACAACCUUUAUAUUUAUUUUUUAAUGUAACCCAUUGAGAUCCUAUCAGCUAUGAACUCCCUUUACUAUCCUGUAUAAAUGGCAACUUAGUUAACCAUCAUUGAUAAGGUUGUAGACUGAGUGUCCCUCCAUCUCACUUUUGCUGUGUAGCAAUGAGUGAAGACCUGAGGAUAUAUAUAUUAUAGCAGCUUAUUGGUUGUCAAGCAAUGUGUCUAAGCUUGGCAGCAUUAAAAGGAUAGUGUUUUUUUUGUUUGUUUUUUAAUUGUAUUUCUUAAUUGCUUUGUCAUUGCAGUAGUAUAAUUAAAGCAGGGAUAUAACUCCUCUAUUCUCACCUGUAAUUCCAUAGUUCUAUAACACAUUCUAUCAGAGUUUUUAUUGAGCAGUGUGUAUAGAGCUCUGUCACAAUAUUUUACUGUAACAUAAUGUCAGUUUAGGAUUAACUGAGGGUUUGUUCUCCAUGCCCUGGGUACAAAGGUGUGCUUGGUGUAAAGCUGAAAUGUACAGCUCUGCUCCUUGCUGUGUGGUGGGUGACAGAUGCAGUUCAGCUGCUCCUUGCCAGAAAUAGAAAGCCAUACACAGGGUGGGCUUCAGAGUGCUUGCUAAGAAGUAUUGGUCUUAACCCCUUCCUUACCCCAAGAGGGUACAGCCUGUAAGAAUUGACUAACACAAAACCUAUCUGCAGCAGUUACUGUAUCUGCAAUUCUUUCUGGCCUCAGAGGUGUUAAUGGCUACUCGCCACCACUCAGAAUUUAAAAGUAUAGGCACAAAAAAAAUUGACCUUGUAUUUUCUUUUACUAGCAAUGUGUGGCAUAUCAUUGUAGCCCCCCUCUACCCUCAAGAGAAUAUAUCUCCUGAAACCCAGGCUUCAGGCUAGAUCUGUGCUAAGGAAAUGAGUCAUUGGCUUAAAAUGGUUUCCAUGCUAGUGGAAAUAUAAGAUCACCUCCCAAUGAGGCUUGAGACCUCCUUCCAGUUAAAGCCUCUACACCAAGUUGGUUAUUCACACUGCAAAUUAAUGCAGGGUCCCUGGUAAAUGGCACCCAAUUCUCGCCAACAUUGUUGGUUGCUAGGGUGGGGCAGGUGAUAUGGUGACAAACUCUUGUUGGUCCAACACAUACAGCCCCAGAGUGCUGCAAUGCCUUACAUAUAGAAUCGGCUACCUGUUUGUACAAGCAAACAGGUAGCUGAUUCUAAAUGUAAGGCAUUGCAGCACUAUAGGGCUGGCCUUGCUUACAAAGAUAGAGUUGGGUUUGCAAUAUUUGCUGUUCACCUCUUAACUGCUAUAUCCUAUGCAAUUUAUUACUGACCAAACUAUUUUAUAUGCAAAGUAUUUAGUUUUGCAGAACCGUAUUGUACAGUUCAUGAAGCUGAAGGCCUGCUUGUUGUGCAGUUUCCUCUUGCUCAAUAGCAAUUUUCUGUAGUAUUGCAUAAACUGUACCGUUGUGUAUCUGGCUCCCUUUUGUAAUCUCAUAUUGUAUAAAAUGGCUUCGGAGCACGUCAGCCCUCCCCAGAGAUUAAUUGUUGCAUUAAGCCUUUAGGGGCCAUCAAUAUUCCAUUCCUCUUGUUAUAACUCACACUUGUAUGGAAAGUUCUAAUUAUUGACCUCAACAGCUGCUUACAGCGCUAAUGUCUCCAAAUAAGUGACCCUUUACUUUGCAAGUCUUGAUCAUUGCAAAAGCGUAGAUGGAUUUUGGCUAUUAAGGGGUUAAUGUUGUAUACCUAUGGUAAUUAAGGCCUUCAUUAUAGCACUUGCAAACCUCUUUAAGUGUAAUUUGCAGAUAUCAAAUUAAAUUGGGGUCUCUAGCAGAGCUUUGGGAUUAUAUAAAUUUGAAUUUAAAUCCCUAGGCAUGCAGUACUUUAUAUUGUGCCAAGUUAUUCUGUGCUGGGAAUUGUUGGCUUGAUGACUUCAUGUUGUUGUGGUUUGGCGUUAUUAAAAACGUGUCUGAAACUGCACGUUCGCCCUGGCUCUAGGAAUGGGCAGUACAGGGGUGUCUCUGAAUGACGGUGGGAUUUCCAGCUAGCUGUGAGCUUGAAAGGAAACGUGCUCUUGUUACUAAUCCCACGGAAAUUACGCAGUACAGCAGCUCCACUGUCUGCUUCAUACAGGUUGUACAGCAGAGCAUCCAGUCUGAGCAUGCCGCAAGCUCUUUAUAGGUUAAAAAGAAAAACCCAGACAGGCUUGGUGUCUCGGAAUAGCAACAAGCGUGCAGCUGUGGGUCUCCAGGAAUAUAAUGCGGUUAAAUGCAUCAAGUAGGCCAGUGAUUGAACUUUCAAUAGCUGAUUAAAUCUUCCAGUGAAAGAUGUAGUCAAUGACUGUACAUACACGUCAUAUUCCUGCUAUAGUGAGUCUUAUGUAUUCAAUGACUUGUGAAAGAUCUUACAAAAAUCAGAUGCUAUGAAAUGCUAUGUGUAUCUUAUUGGCAAGUAGUUAUGGUGAGGGAAUUAAAAUAGAGAUUUGGUGUGAGGGCCCAUCCCAGGGGACAAGCACAGCUGCAGUAACAUGAGACUGGUAUUCACAGGGUUAAAAUGUUCAGAAUCUCAACCAAAGCACCUUCAUCGUCCCAUAGUAAUUCCCUAUUUUGAUUCUCAUGCAUCGUUCUGGUUUGUUCGGGGAUCAACAGGGAAUGUUUGUUCACCAUCGCCAUAUUAGUGGGUGUGCAUGAUGUCACUGGUGGCUGCACAUGUGCAUUGGUUAGAUUUGGGGUUGAAGAGGCAGAAUUUUUAUCCCAAAUUACUGAAUUUUUCUUUUAUAUUUAUUUGUUGUGCUGUGACACUAUGUACCUAUUGAGCUAUUUUUUUUUCAUAUAGGUGUUAAUUAUGCCAAAUAGCAUAAAUUUGACUCGUGCCCAAGCUAAAUAUUGAACAAGCGGUGAACUGUCCAUUGUAAUGAUACUGAUACAUCCCUAAAUUACCUUCAGAAAUGGUUGGAUACCUGCUUGCCUUCUAUUGAGAAGCCAUUUCUUCCAGGAACAAUCUCAUUAAACUUGCCAUUUCUAGUAGUAAAAAUACUGCAGUUAUACCUGCUUAAUUCCAAAGGGAUUCGUGGCUGGGUACCAGUGAUGGAGGUUGACCUUGAGUUCUGAUCUAACAGGUUCUUACGGAGCAUAUACAAAUGCCAUGGAGAUCCUGAUCUUAGGUCCCAUCCCCUUUCACUAUAAAGGAUCAUAUAUCAACACUCUGGGUUGCCAGGCAAGCUUUAACAGAUUUCAGCUGUCAGGAUUGUAGAAGAAAGGUGUCUGAACUAGCUUGUAACAGGUUAACUGCUGUGACAUGUUGCAUUGCAGUGACGUAGGUAUAGGAGGCGGAGCAGGAAGAUCAGCUGAAGGACGGGACAAGGACACUUUGAUUCCCUGCUGUGUAUAGGGUUGUGCUCUUAAUCGCUUUCUGCGGUGAGCAAGUGAUGGGCCAGGAAACAAUAUAUAGAUCAAUAGUAUAAUGGGAGCCAACAAAAUCAAAGCAAUUUGUGGUCAAACAUUUCAUGGUGACCUUGAGAAGGCAAUUCUCAUGCAUGCAUUUCUGCAGAUGCACCGGCUCAAUGUGUAGAAAUGGCCAGACUCUUUCAGUGCCAAGUGGCCUGUUAAAGGAAAUUACAGGAAAUUCAUCCCAGUGUAUUAGCAAAGUUUGCUCUAAUAUACUAACGGCUAUUAAUUGUGAUAACCUUGCACUGUGGUAAAUCGGUGUGCGUAGUAUCCACAUCCAUUUCUACAGGCCUUGUUAGCAGAACUCUAAUUGAUCAAUUGUUUUGCCAGCCCUCUAUUUUAUAUUUUAUUCCAAAUGGGGAACUGAGCUGGUUACAUUAAUAUUUAAGUGGAGCUUACAUGAAAACACUGGGUAAAUAAAAGCAUUCAAAUGUGAAUGAAGAUUUCUUAAUCCAUUAUUUGGCCUGUAAAUAUUGCUAAUGACUACUUCAUGGAUUCCACUUUGAAGCUUUUGAGUUUUAUUGUGGCUCUGCCUAUGCCUUGACUUGCCACAAACUAUAUUAAAAUAAAUCCUGAUUAAGCAGAAAUGAAGUUUGAGAGGUCUUUAAAUAGACUGGGAAAUCUUGUCUGUAACUGUAGCCUCCUACUAUAGUGUAAAUGCAUAUGGGUUGUCACCAGGAAAAUGUUGGUUAGUUUAUUCAAUGGCAAGAUUGAUAUCUUUAAAAAUAUAUCUAUUCAGUUUCACAUACUAGCCUUGCCUUGUUUGUGAAUAUUAAUGCCAAUUUGUGUACUCACUGCAGUGAUGUCACUGGGGGAGCCAGCAUCACUGCUGUAGUUUUGCAAGACAAGAACAAGUGGGCUGCAUUGAGGUCUAUGGAGGAUCUUGCAGGAUUCUUAAUUGUGCCAAUUCCCUGCAGUGGUCACUGACUCACCGGAGCUGGCACUUCUAAUCGGCUCCACCCAGUGUCUAAAAAAAUAUAUAUUUUCUCUUUUGCUGUAACUGGUUAAUUCUCUCUAGUCUGUCAAUGUACAAUUUCUAACAGCAUCCAGUAAUGUGCAUAUACUCUUGCAUGGUAAACCUGACUAAAUGUUACCUCUUAUCCUUCACAGAAAGUCACAAUGUCUAUCAAAAGGAUCCAUGCUCGUGAAAUCUUUGACUCCCGUGGAAACCCCACUGUAGAGGUUGACUUGACAACACACAAAGGUUUGUACCAUAGUGUUCCUUAAUGCCCAAAAGACUGUAAGUAAACUGGAUACUGUGACCUUUCAAUUGAAAAGCAAGAGCAGUCUUGUAAAUGACUUUAUAAUUUAUAAAAUGGCUAGUUGGCAGUCACAAAUAGUGGUUUCUUUGGCUCUGAUUAAUUUUUACCCCAUUGGGUACUUCAGGAAGCUCUAGCUCUGUCUAUCAAUAUGGUUUGUAUCCCAGUCCUUAAUGAGAUCUGACAUCUAUAGCCACUACAAACGGGGCUUGGCAUAUUUUAAGUGGCUUUAAUAAAGGUUAAAACUUGCCUUAUUUCCAGUGCUGCACAGGUCUGCCAGUGCUGGCUCUGCCUACAUCAGCCUCCUUGGUGACAUUCCCAUAGGGAAAGCAUUGGAUUGGCUGAAAUCAGCAUGGAGGCGGGAUGGGGGUUGCAUCUAAUGCCAUCUUGGCCAAUCCGCACCUGAAUCAAUGCAGAUCUAUGAGAAUUUCAGCGUCUCCAUGCAGUGCGUUGAGACUCUGAACGGCAGUGCUGCCUACUUUGCAACACUUCCCCCAAGAAGUACCUUCUGUGGCCACUGGAGGUGUCCCUAGGGGGCAAUAUAAACACUGCCCUUUAUCUAAAAAGGCAGUAUUUGCAUGAAAAUGCCUAUAGGAAUGAUUUAUAAGCUGUAGUUAUGACUACUAUAGUGUCCCUUUAACAUAGUAUCUGAGAAUCUGAGUGUGCAAGUACCGUAUAUACUCGAGUAUAAGCCGACCCGAAUAUAAGCCGAGGCCCCUAAUUUUACCCCAAAAAACUGGAAAAUGUAUUGACUCGAGUAUAAGACUAGGGUGGGAAAUGCAGCAGCUACUGGUAAAUUUCUAAAUAAAAUUAGAUCCUAAAAAAAUUAUAUUAAUUGAAUAUUUACAGUGUGUAUAUGAUGAGUGCAGUGUGUGUGUCUGAGUGCAGUGUGUGUGUCUGAGUGCAGUGUGUGUGUCUGAGUGCAGUGUGUGUUUGUGUUGCAGAGCCUUGGUGGGGGGGGUGGGCAUUUUUAUAAAAAAAAAAAAAUUAUUAAUUUUUUUUGUUAUUACUUUUUUUUAUUAUUUUUAUUAUUAUUUAUGUAUUAUUAAUUUAUUUAUUUUUUGGCCCCCCCUCCCUGCUUAAUACAUGGCAGGGAGGGGGGCUCUCCUUCCCUGGUGGUCCAGUGGCAUUGGCAGUUCAGUGGGGGGAGGAGGGGGGCUGGCAGAGCUGUUACUUACCUCUCCUGCAGCUCCUGUCAGCUCUCUCCUCCUCCGCGCUGGUCCGUGCAGCUCUUCUCUCAGCUCCCAGUGUAAGUCUCGCGAGAGCCGCACUAUGACCCCGCGGCUCUCGCAAGACUUACACUGGGAGCUGACCGGACCGGCGCGGAGGAGGAGAGAGAGAGGAGGGAGCUGACAGGAGCUGCAGGAAGGUAAGUAACAGCUCUGCCAGCCCCCAGUCUGUAUUAUGGCAAUGCAAAUUGCCCUAAUACAGACAGUGACUCGAGUAUAAGCCGAGAUGGGGUUUUUCAGCACAAAAAAUGUGCUGAAAAACUCUGCUUAUACUCGAGUAUAUACGGUAUAUGAACUUUGCUAGGCACUAAAACUAAAUGUACUGCUUUGGUGUUUGGGCAAAUACAUUCUAUACUCGUGUUCUAACUUGUUGAGCAAUCUUAAUCUCAAUAUUCCAGGUCUUGAUUGAUGUGAAUUGUAAAACCCAUAUUAUGGCUUGCAGUGCAUUGAUAGUGCAAUAUUCCGUUAUGACUAGUGGAAGAUACUAAAGCAGAUCGUUGUCCCCAAUAAAUUGCAUGUGUGAGCAGUCUCUUAUCCACUUCUAUGGGAAAUUACUAAUCUUGUGUAUCAUUCAAACACCUGAAUAGUGAGUGCGUUUCAGUGGGAGGCAAGCUUAGUGGAGAUGUUGUUUUGAGCCGAACUUCUUUAAAUCUGCUCUGCAUUGUUCCUAAUAACAGACUUGUUAUGCAUGAAAUGUCAAUGAGAUCGUCUGAGUUAAAAUCUGUUUUAGGUCUGUUCCGUGCUGCUGUUCCAAGCGGUGCCUCUACUGGUAUCUAUGAAGCUCUUGAGCUCAGGGACAAUGACAAGACUCGUUACCUGGGAAAAGGUAAGUCUGCACUGAAAACUGCACAGAACAGUCAAACUCUUAACACAUCAGAGUGCACAAUUUAUAGUUGGUUUAGGCUUUGCUGUGAUCUGUACCAGUCCAGAAGGCAGUGGUCUAGGCACAAAUAGUGUUAAAGGGUGUAUCAAUCUACAGUCUGUUACAUUCUAAACAAAGUAUCUAUAGAAUUUACUACAAUACAUACUUUGCCCUAGAAAAGGAUAAGGCCAUGUUAUGUUUACAUUUUAAAUCCAGAUGUUUAUACUUGCAGGAACCCAUUUAGAUCUGACACAAGUUCAAAGGUUAUGAUGGCAACCCCUAAAUUGGAAUGGAAUGCGGUCUAGUUUAACUGUAACUCACCUUGACAAUCAUUUUUUUGCUGAUUAAAUUGAUUAGAUACAAACCUAGAAUUUGAGGGUAGAUUUAACAUUCUAACAAUGUUUUUCUGGGUGCUGAGAAAAUGUUGCAGUGGCUUGAUAUUUAAAGACCUGUUCUGCUGAAAACAUUUGUUUACAACAGUGGAAUAUGUAGGUAAACCAAACUGGGGAUGUUGUGGGACAUGGUUCUUACACUUGGAUCAUGAGUGCUGAUAUCCUUCUGUCCUGUUUGCUCGUAGGUGUGAGCAGAGCUGUAAAAUAUGUAAACGAGUUUCUGGGACCUGCUCUGUGCACCCAGGUAAUGGGAGUCUGUGCUACUCACAUCUCCCAGUGCAUGGGAUUGGCAGACUAACCACUCCAGAGAGCAUUGCUAGGUGUCUGUAUCUCCUGCAUCAGGCUGCAUGGGCUUUUUGUAUUUUAGAAGGGGGGUGUAAAAUCUUGCAUUGGUUAGCUCAGGCUUCCAUUGCAAAGUCUGUUUAUAUUUUUGCUCUAAUAGCUAAAAUCCACAUGGAGAUGCUUAGUCUAAGAAUGCCUCUGGAGCAUGCUAGUGUGAUUUGUGCAGUGAUUGAAAUGAUUGUUCCUUCCAGGUGUCAGUAAAGCAGUUGAUCACAUCAAUAAAACCAUUGCACCAGCCCUGGUUGAGAAGGUAUGGGUUCCUGUUUUUACUAACUCUUUGCGAAUUCCUGUAUAUGCUUGGCUUUGCUUUAAAUGCAUUUUUGUGUUACAAAUGUUAACCUAAAGGGGUACAAGAUCUUCAGGAUAUUUGACUAUGGUGUGGGCGUUUAGAAUGUAGAAUGAAGACACUUCACUCUGCAUGUGCAUUGGAAGUAUUGGAUCAUUCAACUGCCUCACAUUAGUGACUAACCCACUGGUGAGCAAUCCAGAUUCCAAGAUAGAAAUAUUUGAGCCUCUAGACAGUAUGGUGUCUGUUACCAGCUGGGAAUCUGCCAGGACCUGCUUAUUAAGGUUCCACUGAAAGUCUCCAGAUUGUCUUGUCAGGGUGCUCCCUCUGCACCUGCUGCUGUAAGUCCACAGCUAGCACAGUGGAAAUUUCUUAGGAAACCUGCAUAAGGAGAGUGCAACUGAGGUCUAGUUAAAUUGAGAAUAUUAUGAUGUGAAGAGUAAUGACUUUAUGAAUCCUUUAAAGCAGGCUUCCCUAAACUCUGGCCCUCCAGAUGUUGCUGAACUACAACUCCCAUGAUUCUAUGAAAUAGGCUGAGAAUCAUGGGAGUUGUAGUUCAGCAACAUCUGGAUGACUGGAGUUUGGGAAAGCCUGGCCUUAAAGGAUCACUCAGUGGUCAACCACUUGUAAACUGUUUUACAGAAACUGAUGUAAACCGGAUAGAACUUUGUCUCUCCUACUGAACACCUAUAACUCCGAUUUCUCAAUAUUUUGCAUAUGUUGUAGGUGACCUUUUGACUAACUCUGCAGUUGAAUUAAAGGACCAGUAUAGGCACCCAGACCACUUCGGCUUAAUGAAGUGGUCUGGGUGCCAAGUCCAGCUAGGGUUAACUUUUUUUUUGAUAUAGAUAGAUAUAUAUCUAUAUCAGUUUCAUAAACUGCUAUGUUUAUAUUAGGGUUAAUCCAGCCUCCAGUGGCUCUCUUGACAGCCGCUAGAGGCGCUUGCGUGCUUCUCAUUGUGAAAAUCAGUGAGACGCCAGCGUCCAUAGGAAAGCAUUGAGAAUGCUUUCCUAUAGACUGGCUGAAUGCGCACGCAGUUCCUGCCGCGCAUGUGCAUUCAGCCGAAGAGGAGAGCUCCCCACCCGGCGCUGGAAAGAGGUAAGUUUAACCCCUUCCUCUCCAUCCAGCCCAGCGGGAGGGAGACCCUGAGGGUGGGGGCACCCUCAGGGCACUAUAGUGGUCCUUUAAGUUGAUCAUAUUUACUUGCAAGGUGCUAUUGAACUGACUGUUCUAAAGUUCAGCAAACGCACAGAAUGGCAUGGUAGCAUGAUGUAGAUUAACAUGCGCUCAAGCAAAUAACAGUGCAGAUGUCCUCAAAGUCCAACCUGUACCUUUUCUGUAACUAAUGCUGUAUACCAACACGGUGAGAUGUUGGCGGGUCAAUUCUAGAUUCCUUAGUCCAUAGUAAUGGAUACAUAGGCAGAUGUCUGUCCACAAUUAUCUAAAAAAAGUCAAUUGUAUUGCUUGCAUAGUGUACCUUGGUAGAUGUUACUACUUCAAAUGAAUUAAAGGACCACUAUAGUGCCAGGAAAACAUACUCGUUUUCCUGGCACCAUAGUGCCCUGAGGGUGCCCCCACCCUCAGGGACCCCCUCCCGCCCAGCUCUGGAAGGGGGAAAGGGGUAAUAACCUACCUUUUUCCAGCGCUGGGCGGAGAGCUCUCCUCCUCCUCUCCGCCUCCGAUCCGCCCUGCCGGCUGAAUGCGCACGCGCGGCAAGAGCUGCGUGCACAUUCAGCCGGUCGCAUAGGAAAGCAUUUACAAUGCUUUCCUAUGGACGCUUGCGUGCUCUCACUGUGAAAAUCACAGUGAGAAGCACGCAAGCGCCUCUAGUGGCUGUCAAUGAGACAGCCACUAGAGGAUUAGGGGGAAGGCUUAACCCAUUCAUAAUUAUAGCAGUUUCUCUGAAACUGCUAUAAUUAUGAAAAAAUGGGUUAAGCCUAGAAGGACCUGGCACCCAGACCACUUCAUUAAGCUGAAGUGGUCUGGGUGCCUAGAGUGGUCCUUUAACUGAUCAAUGCCCAGAAUUGGUGUGGCGUCAAUUUCCCAACUAUGGAAACAGAUUACUGGGAAUGUAUUUUAAGUGUACAUUAAUCUGUAGCGCUUGCUAUAAUGGCAUAAACUGAAAGUUUUCUGUCUUAAUCCCUUAGAGUCUAAAUGUUGUGGAACAGGAAAAAAUAGACAAACUUAUGCUGGAUAUGGAUGGGACUGAGAACAAAUGUGAGUAUCCUUAACAGCAAGUGAACUUAACCGUAAACACACGUUCUGACUUAACACCUCAUGACAAAUGGAUAAAGGUUCCAAUCUGGGAUCAAUGACUUGAUCUUUUUGUUCCUGUCUACAAGCAUUCUUUUGCAGGCACCGAUUUAUAUGCCUGGUAUCACUUUAAGGGGCAUUUAAUCUAAUCCUGUAUCUUCCAAGCUCUUAUGCACAAUGCCUUUAUGUAUAGUGCCACUGGUUUAAUAUCUGAUAUGGAGUAUGCAAUCCACACUACAUGAAAUACUGGCAUGGGAGACAUUUGUACAUGUGGGUGGUAUAAUAGUGUACGCAGUGUGCCUGAGUUGGAAGCCACAUUUAACUUGAAUGUGGCUGAUUGUCCAAGCUGGGUUUGUAAGAAGUGAUCUUUGGUUCUGGACAUGUUCUGUGUUCUGUCUGCAGUGUGUACAAAUCUAGGACUAAGUAAAAUGCUGUUUAGGUGAUGGGUUCCAUGUAUUGGUCGAUAACUGACUCCUGGAAUUGGUGUCGCCCAUUCUGUUCUGAAACAUUGUAUACAAUAUCUAAGCACUUGUUCUGACAGCUAAUGUUUAAUUCUUUUAGCCAAGUAUGGUGCCAAUGCCAUCCUGGGUGUGUCUCUGGCAGUGUGCAAAGCAGGUGCCGCUGAAAAGGGAGUCCCUCUGUACCGUCACAUUGCCGAUCUGGCUGGAAACCCAGAAGUUGUGCUGCCUGUUCCUGUAAGUCUGACUCGUGUUCUGUGGAACUGCUUAUUCCAUCUUCCCUAAGGUGUAUUGUGAUGUCUAAGACUCUGCGUAAAUUUAGUGAUCUCUGAUGGAAGGUUAUAGCUGCAGUCCCUCCAAAAAACAAACUUAACACUAAACUGUUCUCAAUCUAGCAUGCCUGGAACAAUCCAGUGUGUACACACACUGUACAGUGACCCUGAUACGCUGCAGUAUAGAUCAUUUCAGCCGCAGCAGACCUCAUCUGUACCAUUAGCUACAAAGAUAUAAUGCAGUGCUUUGUUUCACUGAAUGACCGAAUUGUACAUUGCUUAUGUCCCACAGGCUAUGGAAGGAUAACAAUAACUUCCUCACUAAACCACAGAGCAGGCUUUGGGAAUCCCGGGUUGUUUUUUUUUUUGGUUUUUUUACACUGCAACCAUAAGCUAGCACUGUAGGUGGUGCUUGGUAGAGCUUAUAACUUGUAGCCUGAUACCUUGUACUGAAUAUCUUUCUUUCAGGCAUUUAAUGUAAUAAAUGGUGGCUCUCAUGCUGGAAACAAGCUUGCCAUGCAGGAGUUUAUGAUCCUGCCAGUUGGGGCAACCAGCUUCAAGGAGGCCAUGCGUAUUGGAGCAGAGGUCUACCACAACCUGAAGAAUGUCAUCAAGCAAAAGUAUGGACAGGAUGCUACAAAUGUUGGCGAUGAGGGUGGCUUUGCUCCCAACAUCCUGGAAAAUAAGGAAGGUAAAUAUUGCAUCUUGCUGCUAGUGUUCCUAAAUUUAAUUUACUCUUGUUCUUGGCCUAAUCUAAAGUCUUACAAAGAGCAAGAUUAAUCCUAAAAUGUUACCCGUCCUAAUAUUCUACAUUUUCUGUGCAAAUGCCUGUUGCUACUACAAGUGGCAUGCCUUGGACUAACAUCUGUUCCCUGAACCGUCUUUCCACUAAAGCUUGAGCUGUGACCCACUCAUUGCAAAGCUAAAACGGUCAUUAGCACCACAGGGUUAUUCACGAACGUGAGAAUUUUGUAGUGAGUUUCAAAUCAAACUUGGUUGACUUAGAGAAUUUUUCUGGUUAGACUAUUUUGACCUUAAACUGUGAAUUCACUUUGAAUUCUCGCUCUAGUAAAAGUCUAACAAUCUACAUUUACUGCUGAAGUGACUCCUCCCUCAGUCAGGAAUUCUUCCAUUAAAAGCUGUCCAAGAUAUGUCCUUUUAGUACUGGACUUUACAUCUAGCUGCUACAGUUGGCUUCAUAGCCUGCUUCACACCAGCUUCAUGUCCCACGUUGAUUAGAGCUCCUAGACUCCUGCUUUACAGAGGAAGCAUAGUCUAUAAUUUGACAUAGCAUGCUGUCAUUGUACACAUGGGGCUGUUUUUAUGGUUCAUUGGUAAUGGGAUAUAUAGUGUUUCUGUUACUGUAACUGUAGCCUGUAAUAUGCUUGCUUUAACAAGAACAUGAGAACUGGUCCUAAAUAUAGAUGUUGGUUACUGCAGUUUUCAGGAUUGAGACGUUUUAAGACUAUACAAACGUUAUUUGAAGCAACAUAACCUUCUUUACAUGUGUUCCCAAACAGAAUAUGAAAAUGCAUUUCUAGGAACAUGUCAAAUGUUUGUGGAGUUUGGUUUUUAGGGUGGUGGUCUUGAGUCGAAACUAUCUGUUUAACACUUUGGCUUCAGGCAGCUAGUGCUCAGACCAGGGAUAGGCAACCUUUGGCAUUCCAGAUGUUGUGGACUACAUCCCCAUAAUGCUCUUACACCCAUAAAGUUGGCAAAGCAGCAUGGAAGGUGUAGUACAAAACAUCUGGAGUGCCGACAGUUACCUAUGCAUGGCUUAGAAAGUAGGAGCAUAUUCUCACCUUUCUAAAACAAGUUAAUGUUACAGUGUAGGCACCAUAACCCCUGUCAACUGGAGUCUUCAGAUACAAUGUCCUGCGUCACUGUUAAACUGUGACUAUUUUGCAGCCCGGCCCUGGAUUACAAUAUGGCAAGGCAGAGCUGGAUUUUAUAACUGGGAUUGGGGCAUAAUGGCUAGAAGUGCCCAGCUGAUGCUCACCCCAUAGUCUGCUAACCCUGAUAUGGUGCAAUGCUGGGCAGCACUCUGCCUUUGCCAUAUAGUAGUCAAGCGGUGAAUAUUUAACUGAGGUUAUGGUGCCUUGAGUCUACAAAUGCCAUGUCUGCAUCAAUUGGUUAAAGUAAUGCAAACUCUGCAUGUUCCCUGUAUUGCCUUUUAGUAUCCACUCUAAGGAACCAAAAGUCUUGGUUGACUAGAAGUUGGUAACAUCUGCAGACUAGCUGUAGUUAUGAAAAGGUGAGCAGGUAAAAAUUCCACAUGUAAAAUCAGAAAUAUCAGAAUCUGGCAAAGCUAGAUAUUCUGAUUUGAAGUGGGUGAAGAAAUGUGUCAAAUUCCUGAGGUUUGAGGGAGGUAUUCUCAGAACUAUUGUGGAAAACCUACCUUUCCCUCCCUCCCUCUCCCCCCUCCCUCCCCCCCCAGUAAGUAUUACUUUUUUUGCGAUUGUGAGAUGUGAACAGGAGUUUGUCCAAUUUGCUAAACUUUUACUGUGAUCUGUGAACACUUUGCUAUUUUAUAUAUAUUAUAGUGUUCAUGUAUUUCUCACUAAUUUAAACAGACCCUUUAAAUCUAGAUUGCCAGUCCUGUAAAACACCUUGGCACUAUACCGUAAAGUUCAGACAAGCCUAGCUCUGAUAUAAACUAGGAAUGACAGGAACUGGUAAGAUAUUGUAGCUAUACCUAGAGUUGAAUGCUUCAUGCUGUGUCCUCUAGUGACUGCGGGGAUCUGCUAACUAUACUGCAAACCGGGAGGCUUUGAAUUACUGGGAAUUAAAGUCUUCAUUCUCUAACAGACUAUUGAUCUUGCUUUGCAUUCAGCACUGGAGCUCCUGAAGACUGCCAUUAACAAGGCUGGAUACACCGAUAAGAUUGUCAUUGGAAUGGAUGUGGCUGCUUCAGAAUUCUACCGUGAUGGAAAGUAUGAUCUGGACUUCAAGUCACCAGAUGACCCCAGCAGAUACAUCACCCCCGAUCAGCUUGGGGAUCUGUACAAGAGCUUUGUGAGGGAUUAUCCAGGUAACCUGCACCACGACUGGUAUUGAGUUUUACAAUGCCAGUCUGGAACUAGUCGAGCACUGUAAUUUUACAUGGCAUGUUAUGCACCAUCUUCAUAGGGAAUACAAUGAGCAUAUUGCUUGCAGAGUAACAGUAACACCUACUGCAUUAUCCUUGCUGGUGUGUUCUGCUUUUGGUUUGACUCAUGCUGAUUUAUAAAUGGGUUAAAAUGAUUUCACCAGAUCUGGCAUACAUUGAGAUUCAUGAAGCCUUGUGGAUUCAUUAAAAAUGACUAGUUUUUUGUAGAUGUUAUAUCAUCUCCUCUCAGACUGUUUAUAAACAUCCAGGAACACUGGCUUGGCCCUUUUACUUUCCUUCUCUGGUCCAGAAUCUAUGGCGUAUAGUCUCAUAUCUAGAUGUAGUGGUUUUUACAGUCAAAUUUCCUUCAUUACAAUAAAGUUCUCUGCUUUCUAUAAAUGGGUUCACAAAAUAACAUUCUAGCUUAUAAAGGUGACUGCAGAUGAACUUUGCAGCAGAAUGUUAAAAUUCCACAAAUGCUGGAUAGGCUAUUCAUUGACUUCAUACAAUCGGUUACAAAACAGUUUGCACAAACCUGAUGUUGAAAGGUGUUUGUAAUGUGCAGUCAGCAGAGAUCAAUCCUCCUGGGGCAGUAGUUGGCAGUUCAUACAAUAGCUUCUAGCUUUCCAAAUUGAUGAAAUGUUCUGUAAAUGUUGGAGACAAGAGCUACGACUUGCAACGAAAUGUGGCAUAAUGACAGGCUUAUUCUGCAGCCUUGAGUGAGCAUGUUUACUUUUUUGGGGGGGGGGCUGGGUGGGGUGGUAGCAGACUUUAUACUCAAAAUAUUGGUUUGCUUAACACCAGAAGUAUCUUGUGAUAUGUUUGCCUAAAUGCUGUGAUUUUCCACUUGCAAAAUGUUCAUUUGCGAUUUUGUUUCUCCCCUAGUUGUGUCCAUUGAAGAUCCUUUCGAUCAGGAUGAUUGGGCUGCCUGGGCAAAGUUCACAGCGUCUACUGGCAUCCAGGUAGUAGGUGAUGACCUUACUGUGACCAAUCCCAAACGUAUUGCAAAGGCAGUGGAAGACAAGGCAUGCAACUGUCUCCUACUAAAGGUCAACCAGAUCGGCACAGUAACAGAAUCACUGCAGGCGUAAGUACUGUUUAAAUUGAUAGACUACUAAAAUCUUGGCAUGUCUGGCUAGUUUAAACACCCUAUUGAAUAAAACUGAAUCGGUUAACACUGAAGACAUUCAGUGUUGAUCCCUACACAUUUAAUUAAAUUCGGUAUAUUGAAAUGUCGUACUUGCCUUCAGUUUGAGUUUUACACUAAAUUACAAAACUUUAAAUUUCAAAAAACUUGGACACUUGCGUUUCAAUGACGUUAAAACUGUAUAGCCUUAACUGCAACUUUAUUUUUUUAUCCCUGCCAUUCAGUUUUUAGUAAACAUAAAUAUAGGUUGGGUGGCACUACAACUUUUAACAUAUAUUGACAUGGAUGCUUUGUUAAAGUUUAAGUGCUUUCAUGUCUGUAAUUUAUAAAAAUGGACAUGGUGUCUCCCCUCUUCUUCCAGCUGUAAGCUUGCUCAGUCCAAUGGCUGGGGAGUGAUGGUCAGUCAUCGUUCCGGAGAGACAGAAGACACUUUCAUUGCCGAUUUGGUGGUUGGCCUCUGUACCGGACAGGUAAAGGAUAAAAUGCAGUUAUGAAAACAAUAAAGCUUAAUUUUACUACCACAAUGAGCAGUAAUGGCAGUUUGUGUCAAACUUUUUGAGCAGUCUUGCAAAACCAUGGCUCUCACCACAUCUGCAGCUUAGUGCAAAAAAUGUUAAGCUGACCAGUCUGGGUUCUUCCACUCUGUUGAAGAUAAUUUGACACAAACUAGUACAAUGCCUUAGGACUCUAUGCACCAUAACCACCUCAGCUCUUUGAAAUUAAUUUUAAAGGGACACUGAAGCCCAAAGUAAUUCUUAAACUUACUUUAUUUUUAACUGCAGAUUAAGACUGGGGCCCCAUGCAGAUCUGAGCGUCUUGCAAAGUACAACCAGUUGCUCAGGUAAGUUAACCAGUAGCCAGUUUUGUGUUGAUGACCAGCUUUGGUAAAAAAAAUCUUCCACUAAACUCAAUGGCAGUUGUAACAUCCAUUACAUUGAGGGUAAAGCAUCAGAGUAAACGUCCAACUCCCCUCAAGAAAUAUUCUGCAUGCAGACACGAGUUAUAAACAAAAAUAGUAAUGAAAUGUCCACCUACAUGUUUAAAUACUCCAUUAAACCAGAUUUCUGCAAAUUUGCUCCUCAUUAGUGCCAGACGUAUUAAAGUCACACUUUAAUGUAAAACAAUCUGAACUAGAUUUAGUGACCACUGUGUUUAACACUUAGUUAAGAAAUGCACUGGAUGUUAAAUCGGAUACAAGGGUUACCAGGCUUAGCAUCUUCAUCCUAUCUGUAAAUGUUGCAACUGAAGCCAUAGAUCAGGGAUCAAUUUUGAAUAAAAUUCUACAAAAGUAGAGGGUCCAAACUGCACUAUACAUUAAGUGACUACCUUUUUAUUUUAUUUUUUUCAAUUGUCAAAUUAUAUGCAGACCUGGAUGGAUGAUUUUUAGAACAGGGUUGUUCAAAAGAGAGAUCCCCAGAUGUUGUAGAACUAAAACUCCCCUGAUGCUCUGUAAUUCAUUUAAAAUGGCAAAGCAUCAUUGAAGCUGUAGUUUUAAAACCUCUGCUGAUCUACCUCUCGGGCACCCUGGUCUAGUAUCUCUGGAAUUGUAGUGUAAUAGGAUACACUAAACUGACUGGGGUAAAAUCUACUGCAGUGAUGGCUCACCCUGACACCACAAAUUGUUUCUGGACUCAAUUUCCCAUGGUGCUCAGCUAACUUUUUAGAGUCUAAAAGCUAGCUGAGCAUUAUGGGAAAUGUAGUCCAUAAACAAUUUAUGGUGUUGGGGUUGGCCAUCACUGACCUACUGCCUUAAUGUAGUCUGGGGGAUUAGGAGAGCAUUCCUAACAGGUACCAAACAUGAUGCAAGCUUUGUGAAUGCAGACCAAUGAUAAACUUCUACUUUUUUUUUCCUUGUAGGAUUGAGGAAGAGCUGGGCAGCAAGGCAGUGUUUGCUGGAAAGAACUUCAGGAAGCCAAUCAUCAACUAAGUGGCUGCAAUCUCAAAUUAAGCACUUAACCACCUGCUGUAGUCACUGCAAACCUAGAGUGCAGGGUGAGGUUUAAACACAUCAGUGCUGGACGUGCCUGUUCCAAAUUCAAGCCCUUCCAGCAGUGGUUGUGGUGGUCAACCCUGAGCCUCAUCACAAUUCAGAUUCUGACAGUCAGUCCCUGAAGCUUUGCUGCUUAUUAGAAAAAUUCCUUGUUUGUCUCUCGGUGCCUGCAUGUUGUCUGUGUUUUUUCUAUUGUGGCUGUGGUCCUGGGCACUUCACUGGUCUGUGUUCUCUUAAAGUUGUGUUGCAGUCUAACGAGAGAUUAGCUAAUGGUUCAUGUGCAGAGUCUGAAAACUGUAGUUUUUGAAGAGGUAAUAAAACUAUAUUGAAGGUGUCUUGAUCUUGUCUUAAUUUUUUCUUGCAUGCAUGUAUCUGGG